AUGAUGAAUUUAGAUGAAAUUUUCCUAUUACCCGAUUUAACAUUAUCACAAACAUUUGAACAAUUUGAACAAGAAAUAAAUGAAUGGAAAGAAAAACAGAUUAAUAAAAUAGAAAUUAUUUCCAAUGAAUCAAUAUUAAAAGUUCGUGAAUUUUAUCAAAAAUCAUUAAAUAAUUUUGAACAAUCGAAAACAAAAUUAAUGGAUGAAUUUAAUAAAUUGGUUGAUGAAUGUUCAUUAUUUACAAAUGAUGAACUUGAUAUGUAUUUAAAACGUCUUUUAAAAAAUAUUGAUAAACUAAAAAAUGUAAAACCAAUUCAACUGCGUAAAUCAGAGUUUUUAAUUGAUAUCAAUUUUCAGCCGAUUAUAAUAUCAGAAUGGGCCAAUCCUUUUAAAAUAAAUUUUUCUCAAUCAACUGUUCAUGCACAUACAUAUUUAGAUUAUAAAAAUCGAAUGAUGACUGGUCAAUGGAUAUGGGAUCGACAACCAGAUGAACAUCAAAAGUCAAGUGCACUUAAAGUUGCUGAUAUUAAUGGACAAUUAGUUUCAUUUGAUAAUCGACGAUUACUUGCUGCACAAGAAUUACAUUUGAAACAUGUGCCUAUUGUCAGAGUAAAUCUCGAAGAUUUACGUCCAACAACAAGUAUGACUUGGCAAAAAUCAUUUGAAAUUCGUCUUAAACAAUCAAAAUUACCCUCACAAGGCACAUCUGAACAACCUUCAUUAAAAUACUCGUGA